AGCGAUUACGGAGGAGAUCUGCGCCUUGUGCCCUCCUCGCAAACCCGAGACUAUUCUAUUGUUCAGCUUCAGUACACGACCUCGGUUCCAAUUGACGCCUGGUGCCCGGUUACCUUAGGUACUCGCAUCUAAACCCUCACUAUACGAAGCAAGAGACCUUUCCCGGUCUUCCAAACUGGGCUGCUACCAACAAUGAGGGCCACAUCUUGCCUGGCAAAAGGCUUCUGGGGCCGGAGCUUGGACGAGUUCAAGAGGCUCUCGCAGAUAGCAAUGAACCUCGAGGGCGUUAAAGGUCCCUCCGGCCCUCGCGAGUUAUACUCCUUCCACAGCAGAGAGUCCAUGGAAACCUGCAGAGUCUUCUCUGAUGCAGACAUGGGCGGCUUCUCCAAAGCACAGCUCGACUGGACCCCACCCAGACCACUUUCAGAAAGGCCGACCUCGUCCUCCUUCCCAAACCCUUCCGAGAACCCCAACGGCCACGCUCGAUUCCACGGUUCGAUAUCGACGCAGCUCCCAAAGAACAGGCCAGAGGUGGAGAGGUCGGGGUACGCAGCGUGGAAGACACUAGACAGGCCGCCGACCCUCUUUGGCAAGAGUGUGUGGGAUAUCGACCCGUACGCCUUCCUCGCGCUUCGGAUCAAGUCGGACGGGCGGAGUUACCUCGUCAACAUCCAGACGGAAUCUCUUGUGCCGACGGAUCUACACCAACAUCGACUAUUCAGUAAACGUCCUGGAGAGUGGGAGACGGUGCUGAUCAGAUUUAACGACUUUGUGCGGACAAAUCAUGGCUUUGUCGUGGAGCCCCAGACCGAGAUGCUCCGCCAAAAGGUCCGAACCGUCGGCAUCGGCUUGACAGAUCGCAUAGCGGGGCCGUUCGACCUGUCCAUCGAGAGGAUUUGGGCUACGAAUAAUGCGAGGGAGGCUGACCACGUCGAUAUAGAGCCCGAGGGUGCAAAGGAGGGCCAGCUGAAGAGCAAGGAUGGGAAGAGCAUCAACUGGGCUGGUUGA